UGUUGACGGUUGUAAGAGUCGGACGGAUUUUCAAGAUAAUCUGCGGUAAAAAAAAAACGUCUUUUAUUUUUAUCAUUUACCAUCACGACAUUAAUUAAUGUCUCUCACUGCCGAGAGUAUAUCAGUAAUGUGUGUUUGAAAAAUUGCUUAACAAAACGAGAGGAACUUAAAAGGCAUGAAAAUUAUGAAGGAAAAAAUAAAUUAAAGUGCUCAAGUGUGAAUAUAUAAAAAGAAGAAGAUAAAGCAAUUUUUUGUCUUAUAUUUUAAAUUCAUUUUCAUAAAAAAUAAAAAGUUAAAAGCGUUAAAUAUACACAAUUUGUACUGAACUUUACAUAUCUCGUUGUGUGUGACUGCAUAUAUUUAUUCAAUCUAGUAAAGUAAAUUCUUUUCAUCAUCACAUACGACGACAUUCUGUUUCUGUUUGAGAGAAUAACAAAAGAGAAGGAAGCAAAAAUGUCAACAAUCAUCGAUUCAAUCAAAGUGAAAUCAUACGCACAAUGCAUUAUAUGGUGCUUAAUAUUUGUGUCAAUAUUAAGUUACACAGAAGCGGGUUCGUGUCGUGAGGCGGCACUUUGUUGCACUGGACGUGAUUCAUCUUGUGUCGUACAAAAGACACCGAUUAAUGCAAUUGUUGAGGAUGUUAAUGAGAAGCCGUGUUAUUGUGAUCACGCAUGCUUGAAACUCGGAGAUUGUUGUGAUGAUUUUAAGUCACAUUGUGGAGUCAUCGAUUGUGUUCUCUCAGAAUGGGGACCAUGGAGCGAAUGUGAUGCAAAAUGUGGAACUGGCAUGAUGUCACGAACUCGAUCAAUAUUGAGGGCACCCGAGAAUGGUGGUAAACACUGUGCAUCGCUAACACAGAAACGUGGAUGUCAAGGAUAUAAAUGCAAUAGUGUUCACGAGAAAAAAUACUUAAAAGAAUCAGCAAUGCUUCUACCAUCGGAAUUCUCGAAGACUCGACGAGAAAACGACACAAUUGAUAUAAGGCGGAACCUUAAAGUGCGCUAUUCCGAUAAAUAUAAGCAUAAUCGGGAUCAUGAAUACUGCGUGGAAUUCGAAGUGAUUAAGGCGACAAAAGCAUGCCACAAGGAUCCAAUGUAUAAGCAAUUAAUAGAAGGUGAACGAGUUAUUAUAAAAUGUGAUUUAGAGGCAUUCUUAUUGCAUGAAGAGAAGGAAGAUUUAUCAGACAAUGAGACAUACAGCCAUCACACAAAAGAGCGAAAACAUUUAGAAAACGAGACAGUAGAGGACUUGAAGAAUAUCAAAGUGAGCAAAUCUAAAUCAAAAUAUCGAUGUAGAGGCGAGGGCCUGACUGGCACAACAACAAGAUUUAGUGCUAUGGCAAUUCCAUCAUGUCAUGGCAAGUGGGUGAGACUCACCUUAAAGCAACCGAAGAAAUGUUCAUAUCAUGAAUCUCAAUUUAUUUUCGUCUAAAAAAUUCUUUUUUUUUCAUGAAUUUUAAAAUUUUUUUCUUUUGUUUUUUGAACCACUUUUUCAUUAAGUAAUAAAAAUGUCCCCCAAUCCACUAACAAUCAUCGUAUCAAAGUAAAGAGAAUGUAUCAGUCAAAAAAAGAAUUAGAUCAAGUGCCAUAAAAUUACAUAAAAGAAAAAAAUCAUGUUUUUUUGUCUCUUUGUACAUGGAAACGACGAAAUUUGUAAAUAA